UUGGUGUGACGCACUGCGCAGACGAUCGACCCGCUGAGAAGUGGAUUUGCCUGUCGCAGCUAUUUUUGCGAUAAAUUAUAGAAAUUGUAAAAGACGGCCGAAACGUGUAGUUUGCGUUAAUUUAUCGAUCGGAGUGGACGUCUAAGAAAAAGUGUUUGGAAAUUCAUGUGCCAUAGGAAAACUCUAAUCUUCAACAUGUCCUACAUCACACGGCUCACUUUGAGUCAUAACAAGAUAACCAUGAUCAGUCCGGGUAUAGCCAACCUGCUCAACUUGGAGAUAUUAAAUCUAUCCAACAAUGGUUUACGUGAACUGCCAGUUUCGCUUUCAUCAAUGCCUAAACUGCGUAUCCUGAAUGUUUCGCUGAAUCGUUUAGAUAGCCUGCCACGUGGAUUCGGUGCAUUUCCGGUAUUGGAGGUGCUCGACCUCUCCUACAAUAAUCUCAAUGAAAACGUGCUGCCCGGUAACUUCUUCAUGAUCGAAACACUUCGAGCACUCUACUUGGGCGACAAUGAUUUCGAGCAUAUCCCAAAAGAAUUGGGAAAUUUAAAAAAUUUGCAAAUACUCGGAUUACGUGACAAUGAUUUGCUCGAUUUGCCGCGUGAAAUUGGCGAGUUGACUCGUCUGCGGGAGCUGCACAUACAAAACAACCGCCUCCAGGUUUUGCCACCCGAAGUGGGUAAUCUCGAUUUGUUGGGCAGCAAGUCGGUGAUGAAGAUGGAGGAAAAUCCAUGGGUGGUGCCGAUACAGGAGCAAUAUUUGCUGGGCAUUAGUCACGUCAUCGAGUAUAUAAAAACUGAGACGUACAAAAUACUCUAUAAUCGCCACAUAAAAAGUGACCGUGGACCGCCACCACCAAAGGCUGAUAAAAGCAAGAAGGCGUCCCGCAUACGCGCAUGAGCUGACUCACCCUCAAAUUUGCCAAAGCGAUGUGCCUUUCUGAGCCAAGCUUAAUGCAAGCAAAUUGAAUGCUUUUUAAUUGUAUUAACAAUUAGGGCCGGUAACUCAAUGUCUGGUUAACCCUAACUGCAGGUUAAACUAUUUUAUCGACGUGAUCGCCAGGGAGUCGAUAAUGUCGGAAACGGUGUUUAAGCUGUAGUUAGCGUUAACCAGACAUUGCGUAACCGGCCUUUGGUGCUUUGUAAUUGUAUGAAUUUUUCUCUUUGUAUAAACUUUGACAUGCAUACUUACAUUCAACACACAUAUAUUCUUUUGUACUACUAAUCUUAAGUGAAUAUUAAAUUAUUUUGAAACCACAACAAAAAAUCCGUGUUUAUAGGUUCUAUGGAAUCGUAAGUAACGUAUUUUUAAAUUAUUUAUGCAAAAAAAUUGUAAUUUUGUUAUUUAAUAUGCCAAUGCACAAUGGAAUGCCUGGAGAUAAGCUGAACCAAAAAUUGUACAAAUGUUACGAUUUUCUGAGAUUUUACAUGCGCUAUAUUCCUACUUAGGAAAGAAUAAAUAAAUUUAGAAUUGUAUACUUUUUAGUUAAGUA